CUACCAGCUAACCAAUAGGUCUGCUUAAACCUUUACAAAUGGAAUCAGCUAAUCACUAACUCAAGCAGAGAUGAUAUAAACACAAAGGAGUGAAUUGAAGACGCUUAUUCGAAAAUAAGAAUCGUUAUAUUUCACUGAUAACUAGCGGUCAGAUUACUAUCUAAACGUCUAAGCGCUCAUUGUUGCCAGCUUAUUUUAAACAAAGCAUCAUGACGUUUCAGAUGUGUAUUUUACUAAUAACACUGCUAAUUAUGGUGAAAAUUGAUAAUUCUGUUGCUGUUAACUGUUUCACAUGUAACCCUUGCCCGAGUCCAUUUAUCCCUUCAUCCAGUUUAAUUAGAAAUAUGACUGGUUGUGGUUCAUGUGCAAAACUUGAUGUCAGAGGUAUGCCAACUCCAAUUAGAGAUUGUGUCGAAACAUGCGAUCGUUAUACAUGGGCAAAUAAAUACACUCAAUAUGCUUACAGUUGUUGUACACGAAAUUUCUGCAAUAAAAGCCAAACAAAUUAUCCAACUUAUCAAAUGAUAUUCACAAUUUUAUCGAUUAUCUGUUUUUAUAUUACUAAAAGCAGUUCAAAGGGUUGACAGUAUUCAAACAAUUCUUCUCUUCCAACCUUUUCUAUGUAUUUUCUCAUGUUCUCAUUGAUUCGUCUGCAUCGCUUUCAGUUUGUUUAGUCUGAGCAUUUAUGUUCAAUGUCUACUUGUGUAAUAAGGAAAACAACAGCAUCUCAUUUGUGAAGCGCAACAUUUUUUUAUCACACUACUCAACUACUACUACUAUUAAAUAAUUUCUAUUCAAUUAUCAAUACAAUAAUUCUAAAAAAAAUGUUGAGAUGCACGUGUUUGGUUAGAGGUAGACAGUUUAUGGUUAAUUUGAUUACAAUUAUUUGAUCUAUAAAUAUGGAGGUGAU